GAACCAGUCCUGGAAUUUUUAAAAAUGCUUUUAGACUUAUUCGCCUAGAACCUCUUAUCGUGAGUCUUUUUAAAUUGAGGCACUCGGCUAGAAGCACUUCUAGAUUUUUAUUGUUAAGUAUACAUGAUCCACUAUUUUCAAAACUUAGCCAUUAUAAAUUGGG